AUGAAUCUUGCUGCUCGCUUGUUAGGGCGUCGAAGACGACUAUUGACUGUGCUGUUGAGCCAGUCAAGACCAAAACACUUUUCCGAGUCACGUUGGGCAUCGAUAAAUCAAGCUACAUCACUCUCCAGAAACGCAAUGGAUUCCGUCUCUGGAUCCUUCGCAUCGCUCUCCAUCAACCCCGUAGCUCACAUUAACCAUCCAGAAACCAGCUCCCCAGCCACCUGGCGAGAUGCUCUCGAUGCAAACGCGUCAAGUCCCAAUUAUCAGCUCAUAAAAACGCUGGUUUUCAAACCAAAGACCGCCAAGUCGGCUGCACCAGUUCCAGUUGUGGUCAUCGCCCGCGAUGAGACUGAAACCAACUCUAGCGCACUGGGGAAACAUCUCAAUCUCAAGGAAUUGCGUUUAGCAGCAGAGGAUCUCCUAGCUGAAUUCUUUCACCUCGAUAAGAACUCGUUAUCUCCAUUGGCCCUUAACCAAAGCACUUUCCCUAAAGUCAUCACUGUUCUUGACUCUUCAAUUGUCUCAUCGUCUUCUGUUUUCGCUGUCCAUGCAUUAUCUUCCAACUCGACUAUUUUCCUUUCUGGGAAAGAUAUUGCCGCCUAUGUUAAGCACCUCGAAAGCGACGACCACAAAGUACAAGAAGUGGAUUUCUCGACGCUGGCAACUUCAUCGACUGUGCCAACGGCCACAAAGCAGGCGCCAAAGGAGGACGCAAAAAUCGAAGGAGCCGUGCAGAUUGCAAUCGGAGUGAAGAAAGAGGUCGAUUUUCCUGGUUGGUACACAAAUGUUCUCAUUAAAGCCGAUAUGCUCGACUAUUAUAGUGUCAGUGGAUGUUAUAUUCUGAAGCCUUGGUCAUAUAGCAUCUGGGAAGAGAUAACCCAAUGGUUCAACGCUCAUAUCAAGGAACUCGGAGUCCAAAACUCGUACUUCCCGAUGUUUGUGUCUCAAAAGGUUUUGGAACGAGAAAAGGACCACAUCGAAGGCUUUUCCCCAGAAGUAGCUUGGGUCACGAGAGCAGGUAGCUCAGAUCUCGAAGAACCCAUUGCAAUCCGCCCAACAUCAGAGACGGCCAUGUAUCCAUACUACGCCAAGUGGAUAAAGAGUCAUCGCGAUCUUCCUUUGAAACUCAACCAAUGGAACAGUGUGGUCCGCUGGGAGUUUAAAAAUCCCCAGCCUUUCCUUCGGACGCGCGAAUUCCUAUGGCAAGAAGGCCAUACCGCGUUUUUGACCAAGACAGAAGCCGACACCGAGGUCAGGCAAAUCUUGGACUUGUAUCGCCGUGUCUAUGAAGAACUUCUUGCUGUCCCUGUGAUUCCCGGUGUUAAAUCAGAGAAGGAGAAAUUUGCUGGUGGACUGUACACAACAACUGUCGAAGGGUUCAUUCCUACUACGGGUCGUGGUAUUCAGGGUGCAACAUCUCAUUGUCUCGGUCAAAACUUUUCGCGGCCAGAGAUGUUCAAUAUCGUCGUCGAAGAUCCCAAUGACCCUACUGGACAGGGCAAAACCUAUGUAUGGCAAAACUCUUGGGGACUGUCAACUCGGACAAUUGGUGUCAUGGUCAUGAUCCACGGCGACAACCAAGGAUUGGUACUACCUCCGCGCGUGGCUAACAUCCAGGUGAUCGUUGUGCCCUGUGGUAUCACGGCUCGGACGACAGACGAACAGCGAGCGACGAUUAAUAACGCUUGUGAAGACCUUGCAAAGACUCUCAAGAAGUCAGGCAUUCGUGCGCAAUCUGACCUCCGUGAAGGUUAUACGCCAGGGUACAAAUUCAACGAUUGGGAGCAGAAGGGCGUUCCUCUUCGUCUUGAAAUCGGACCGAAUGAUCUCACGAAACAGCAAACACUUGCGGUACGGCGAGACAAUGGGGCAAAACAACCAAUUGGUCUAUCGGAUAUUGGAGCAAACGUCUCGGCUUUGUUGGACACCAUCCAAAAUGAUAUGUUCACUCGAGCAAAGAACAACUAUGAUGCCUGCCUCAAAGUUGUCACACGUUGGGAGGACUUUGUGCCGCAGCUCGACAACAAGUGUGCAGUUGUUGUUCCAUGGUGCGAGACAGAGGAGUGUGAAGAUGCUAUCAAAGAACGAAGCGCCAAGGCAUCCGAGCCUCAGGAUGAACGGGCUCCUUCAGCUGGAGCUAAAUCUCUGUGUAUUCCAUUUGACCAAGCGCGAUGGGGCCAAAUUGCUUCAGGACAGCGAUGCAUUGCCUGCGAACGUGAUGCACGUCGAUUUGCACUCUUUGGUCGCAGCUAUUGA